UCGCUGCUGCCUGACGCUCACCCUCCGGUGUGGGCCGGGGGCCACUGUGGGACCCCCACCCCGGGAAUUUUAGCCUGGAAGAGGCUCCCUGCUUCCCUCUGACUCAGGAUGAGCAUGGCUGCCAGCCCGGAGCCCCUGCCCUCGCCCCCCGCCCCCGGGCCCCGCUUCUCGGAGCGCUCGGCCGAGGAUGACCCCGAGUACCUGCGGGCGCGGAACAUGGCAGCCAACCUGCGGCAGGACUUCAACAUGAUGGAGCAGAAGAAGCGGGUCACCAUGAUCCUCCAGAGCCCGUCUUUCAGGGAGGAGCUGGAGAGCCUCAUCCAGGAGCAGAUGAAGAAGGGGAACAACUCGUCCCAUGUCUGGGCCCUGCGGCAGAUCGCCGACUUCAUGGCUACCACGUCCCCUGCCAUCCUUCCCACCUCCCCCAUGGGGCUGGCGGCUGUCACCCCCAUCAACGACCUGCACGGCCCCGAGGUGCCGGCGCUGGCCAAGGGGGAGCGGCUGAUGCGCUGCAAGGUGGGCAGCAUCCACCGCCUGCUCGACCUCUACGGCUGGGCACAGCUGGGGCACGCCGCCGUCACCCUGCGGGUGAGCAAGGAGCAGGAGCAUUUCUUGGUGGCCCCGCAGGGGCUGGCGUGCAGUGAGGUGACAGCAGCCAGCCUGAUCAAGGUGAAUGUGCUGGGGGCUGUGGUGGAGCAGGGCAGCACUGGCUUCGCUCCCGACGCCCGCAGUUUCAGCCUCCACGCCGCCAUCUACGCCGCCCGCCCCGAUGCCCGCUGCAUCAUCCGCCUGCACACGCCAGCCACCGCCGCAGUGUCGGCCAUGCGCUGCGGUGUGCUGCCCAUCUCCCGUGCUGCCCUGCUGCUGGGAGACGUCGCCUACUUCGACUACCGUGGGGAGGUGGAGGAUGAAGCCGAUCGAGUCGAGCUCCAAAAAUCCCUCGGCCCUACCUGCAAGAUCCUGGUGCUGCGCAACCACGGGGUGCUGGCGCUGGGUGACACUGCCGAGGAGGCCUUCUACAGCAUCUUCCAUCUGCAGGCGGCCUGUGAGAUCCAGGUGUCGGCUCUGGCGAGCGCGGGCGGCGUGGAGAACCUGAUCGUGCUGGAGCGUGCCAAGCACCGGCCCCAUGAGGUGGGCUCAGUGCGCUGGGCUGGCAGCACCUUCGGGCCCAUGCAGAAGAGCCGCUUGGGCGAGCAUGAAUUUGAAGCCCUCAUGAGGAUGCUGGACAAUCUGGGUUACCGCACAGGCUACACCUACCGCUACCCCUUCGUGCAGGAGAAGAGCAAACCCAAAAGCGACGUGCUGAUCCCUGCCACAGUGACAGCCUUCGUCUUCGAGGAGGAGGCCGCCCCCAUUCCCGCGCUGCGGCAGCAUGCCCAAAAACAACAGAAGGAGAAGACGCGGUGGCUCAAUACCCCCAACACCUACAUGAGGGUCAACGUGGCCGAGGAGCAGCAGGGCAGUGCCAGCAGCCAGAAGACAAAGACGACGUGGCUGAAAGCAGACGAGGUGGAAAAAGGCAGCAGUGGGACCCCCAUCCGAAUCGAGAACCCCAACCAGUUUGUGCCCCUCUACACAGACCCGCAGGAGGUGCUGGAGAUGAGAAACAAGAUCCGGGAGCAAAACCGCCAGGAGGUGAAGUCGGCCGGGCCCCAGUCGCAGCUGCUGGCCAGCGUGAUCGCCGAGACCAGCCGCAGCCCUUCCACAGAGAGCCAUUUGGGGGAUGCAGAGGCCAAAGAGGCAUCCCGGGAAGAGGCGCCCCCUGAGCCGGAGCCGCCAAACCCCUUCAGCCAGCUCACCGACCAGGAGCUGGAGGAGUACAAGCAGGAGGUGGAGAGGAAAAAGCUGGGGCUGCAGGGUGAGAAGGACGCUGCGGCAGAGGAAAGCCAGGCUCCCCCCACCAAAUCGCCCCCCGCCUCCCUGCCGCAGAGCCCAGCACCGGCAGAGAGCCCGGCCCCGACGCCUGCGGAGCCCUCGGAGGGUGACAAGAAGGCAGACGGUGGCCAAGCGCCAGCCGAUUCCACCGUUGAGAAGGAGCCGCCGGCGGUGGUGAAUGGGAAAGAUGAGGAGCAAAGCACCGAGGAAAGCCUGGGCAAAGGGGGGGACCGGACGACCUCCCCAGCCAACGCCGACCCAGAUGCCCCCAAAGAGAAGGAGACCGUGACCAGCAGCCCUGUCUCCCCUGAAGGUUCACCCUCCAAAUCGCCCUCUAAGAAGAAGAAGAAAUUCCGGACCCCAUCUUUCCUGAAAAAAGGCAAAAAGAAGGAAAAGAUUGAAUCUUGAGUCUCCUCCGAGGCCUCCUGCCGCAGCAGCGGCUGGGCACCUCUCUGGUCGGAGGCGCCGAGGCAGAGGGACGGCUCCUGCGUCGUGCGUCUGGCCGAGGCGCAGCCGAAAACCCUGGAGGCGAGUUGUUUUCCGGGUACUCCUGGCACGAGGCACUUCGUCCUCCGUCACCCGCUUUUGGAGGUGGUCACUGAGCUUAUGAAAGAUUGUGGCCCCUGUUUGCCGCUUGGGGAAACACCCACUGCGAUCUCCCUCCUCCCACGAGCUCUCCCUUCUCCCUCCUGGGCACCAGCCCCUUCCCACGCAUGGACUGAGGGUUGGGGUGGUUUUUUUUUUCCCCACUCGCUGCUUGCAGAGCCCUCGUGAAAUGUGGGGCACAGCCUGGAUCCCUGCUUGGUUUGAGGAAGAAAAGGGUGUUUUGUUGUUUGUUUGGUUUUUUUUUUUUACCUUCUGUUUCAAGCUCCACUGGAAUGGCGCUGGCUUUACCUCCAGGCAAAAUUGUUCACUGCUUCACUGGAGGAAUUAGAUCAAGCCAAAGGUGGGGGGAUUGCUCUUCCUGAAGGAGAGGCCAAGGCAGUGGGCCUGGGAGCCUUUCCUUCCUGGAUCGUAAUCUUCCUCCCCCUGGUCCGGAGAGCCAGUUUCUGUUCCCUUCUCCUGGUGCCCCCAUCCCGUGUAUUUGCCAUACGAGGAAGAACAGCAGGAUUUCACGCCACCGGGAAAGCCCUUGCCGCACCACAUGAACUGCGCCUGAGAAGGGAGAAGAAAAGAGCCUCCACGAAGUGUCUGUGUUAUUUAAAACUGAGCAAAACUUCACUCACUAAGUGCUACUUCGGGAUGAACACGUGCUGCCGAUACACUUCAGUCAGAGGCACUGCCGACGCCGCCACCCCCAUCCCCACCACCGCUUCACGCAACACCGGCACGCAGGGCCAAGCCUGUGCGGUGUCUGCUCACACUGACCUGGGCUCGGCGAGCACCCAUCUGUGCGGCCGAGGCCAGAUCAUUGCUUUUCCCCAGCUCUCGACUCCUGAGCACAAGUUAAAAAUCCUCCUUGGCAUUUCCCUCCCACCCAGCCUUGCCUCCUGGCUUCCAGCUCCGUACGGUGACAUGACUGCCGUUACAACCUCCUGGCCGUGCUCUAGGCAAAGAAGAACACCAGUGAUGCUGAUUUGCCCCGCAGUCGCUCCAGCACUGGUAUUUAGGGGAUAAAACCAAGAGGACCAGCCCCUAUUCUCCUGCAAGCCACAGGGGUUUGCUGUCUUCCAGGGGUGCUUGCCCCAAGCCUGCCUGCGUGGGCAGCACUGCCUGUGGGGACGGGGCUUCCCUGCCACAGCCCAAGUGUCCACUAGGUCCUGUUCACUGGGGGCUUGGGCUGUACUGGGGAGCCCCAGAAUCCCCCCCUCCGAGGGCAAUUGCCUCAAUGUGAUUCUCACACAUGCCACCAUCAUGUUUUCAAAGUCUUUUUGCUGCUGUGAGGCAGCUCUUGGCUUUUGUUUUCCCCUCCAGAAGAGCAGAAAGCCUGUGGCCAGGCGGCAGUUUUGGGGGCAGUGAGGAUACAGGGCAGAGCGGGGUGCAGGCAGGGAGCUGUGCCUGUGCAAGCAGCUGUGGGUCAAAGACAGGAGGCUUGCAAACGCAGGUUGGUUUUCUUUGCAGAACUGCGAUAUGGGGUGUGCCAGGUGCAUUCUGAAUUGAAAAGUAUAAACAUCAAAAGUUUUUAAAAAUUGCAAAAAUACACCCCUGGCUGGUAUCUUGCCGAAGCCCCAGAGCUGCCCUGAGCUCAGUUUUUUGGGAGAACGUUUGCCCUGCCCGAUGUCCAGCCCAAGUUCCGGUGCUGGGGUUGGAGUCACAGCUCCCCAUCAUGUUCCUGCAAGGACCGGGGUGUGCAGAGGGGAGAGACCCCAAGUUCCUAAAUUCACUAUCUGCAAGGGAUGGCGCAAACACCAGCCCUGUGCUCUAGCCUGCGUUCAACACUUAUUCAGCAGCCACAAACCUUUGAGACACAAACCACAGCUCUGCAACAGUUUCCCGUGGGGUGUUUACUGCCACUGCUUUUAAGGCUCUUUGAGGGCAUUUUUGUCAUCUAACCUGUCCCUCUGCAUGAUCCAGGCCGGAAUAGUGCCCGCAGGGGUGGCUGCAUUGCCUCCCCAAGACAGCAUGGUCCCUCCCGGGGUGAUUACCUGAAUUCCAACACUGCCGCACACCCCGGAGCUGCCGUAGGGAGGCUGCGGCCGCUUUUUCGCCAGGGGCUCUGUCACCCCUUUUCUCUGAGAGCCAGGGCUUUGCAGAAGAGACAGAGAUUUAUUCCUCACCCCAUGGAAGUCUGGGGCACACUAGGCAUCUUGUGCAGCAUAGGGAAGCGAGAGACACCGGUGCCUUCAGCAGGGAGAAAGCCUUAAAUGGCUGCCACCGCGAUGUGGGCCCUUGCUGCUUAGCUAGAAGAAAACAGAUACAGGAUCACAUCGAUGCCACGGCUCCUCUCUGUCAGGGCAUGUCUGCUCCCCCUGGGACUACCCCUCCGGAUAACUUUCCCCUCUCCCCUGCCGCUGCUGGCAGGCCCCUGGCCUGCUGCUUUCUCAUUGCCUCUUUUGGGCAAGGCUGCUUAGCCCCAAGCACCCCAGGCCGGGCGCAGGGUGUGGGUUUUCUGCAGCAGGGAGGCAGGGAUGUAUCCCUGGCUGAUGGCUGCGAGGCAAAUCGUUGAUCCGGUGCCCCGAGAGGUGCUGAUUGCUCAUUGCUCCCCAUGUUCGCACCCUCAACUGAAGAGAGGCUGGAUUUCCACCUUUGCCCACCGCAGGAAAGGAGGGCAAUGCCAGGGUUUCAACUGGAUUCAGCGCCCGUGUUGCCGGCUGGGGCUGGUGAGCGUGCUGUUGCUCAACGCCCACCGCAAUGAGGCCAAGAGGAGGCUGCCCGCCCCCAGGUCUGCCACCACAGCUGGAGGGGAGCAGGGCCAGGCGGGAGCUGGGCGUCCCCCUGCCUGCGGCCUGACCAGGGCAAACGCCGGUGUCUGACAAUCGUGGCUGGAAAGCGCUGUGUAACGCCUGUCUGUAAAUAAACCCCGUGUUUGGCA